CGCCCGGGCUCCGGGUGGGCAGGCGUGAGGCGGGCGAAGUUUCUGCGCGGCGCCGGGCCCCUCCGAGGGACUGCUGGCAGGGACGAGCCUGGCCCCGCGGUGCUGGGGGAGCUGACACCGCCGCCGCCAGCAGAGCAGCCCGGCUUUGGCCAUGAAGAGGAAACAGAAGAGGUUUCUGCAAAUGACGCUGCUCUUCACCGCGGCUCUGAUUUUCCUGCCUGACAUCGGCCUCUGGUCUCUGUACAAGGAGAAGCACCUGGUGAAGCCGCCCGAAGCCGCCGAGCCGCAGACACUUCCUUUGGGGCUGGGAGAUGGACAGCUCUUUACCUGGACUGAUGGCUUGAAAAGGAAGGACUGGCAUGAUUAUGAAAGCAUUCAAAAAGAUGCUAUGCGUUCAGGGAAAGGUGAACAUGGGAAACCCUACCCUCUUACAGAGGAAGACCAUGAUGAUUCUGCUUACAGGGAAAAUGGCUUCAACAUAUUUGUUAGCAACAACAUAGCACUGGAACGGUCCCUGCCAGACAUCCGACAUCCCAACUGUAAGCACAAGGUGUACUUGGAGGCGCUCCCCAACACGAGCAUCAUCAUCCCGUUUCACAACGAGGGCUGGACGUCGCUGCUGCGCACCAUCCACAGCAUCAUCAACCGCACCCCAGACAGCCUGAUCGCAGAGAUCAUCCUGGUGGAUGACUUCAGUGACAGAGAACAUUUGAAAGAGAAGCUGGAGGAAUACAUGGUCCGCUUUGCCAAGGUGAGGAUCGUGCGCACCAAGAAGCGGGAAGGGCUCAUUCGGACCAGGCUGCUGGGAGCCUCGCUGGCCAGAGGAGAGGUCCUGACAUUCCUGGACUCCCACUGCGAGGUCAACGUGAACUGGCUGCCACCCUUGCUCAACCAGAUUGCACUUAACCACAAAACCAUCGUGUGUCCCAUGAUCGAUGUCAUUGACCACAACCACUUUGGCUACGAGGCGCAGGCGGGGGAUGCCAUGCGAGGAGCUUUUGACUGGGAAAUGUACUACAAGAGAAUCCCGAUUCCUCCAGAGCUCCAGAGAGCUGAUCCCAGCGACCCCUUUGAGUCUCCUGUAAUGGCUGGAGGUCUGUUUGCCGUUAACCGGAAAUGGUUUUGGGAGCUGGGAGGCUAUGAUCCAGGAUUAGAAAUAUGGGGAGGAGAGCAGUAUGAAAUCUCCUUUAAGGUGUGGAUGUGUGGAGGUGGCAUGUACGAUGUUCCAUGCUCUCGAGUUGGACACAUCUACAGAAAGUACGUCCCGUAUAAAGUCCCUUCUGGAACCAGCCUUGCACGGAACCUGAAGCGAGUGGCCGAGACGUGGAUGGAUGAGUUUGCAGAGUACAUUUACCAGCGACGGCCCGAGUACAGACAUCUCUCCACUGGUGACAUCUCUGCCCAGAAGGAGCUGCGCAAGCACCUCAAGUGUAAAGACUUCAAGUGGUUCAUGGCUGCAGUGGCUUGGGAUGUCCCCAAAUAUUACCCUCCUGUGGAGCCUCUACCUGCUGCCUGGGGGGAGAUUCGAAACGUGGCAGCCAACCUGUGUGUGGACAGCAAACAUGGAGCCACGGGGACUGAGCUGAGGCUGGACAUCUGUGUGAAGGACGGCUCAGAGCGAACAUGGUCACAUGAGCAGCUCUUCACCUUUGGUUGGAGAGAAGACAUCCGCCCUGGGGAGCCACUUCACACCAGGAAGUUCUGCUUCGACGCCAUCUCGCACAGCAGCCCUGUCACACUGUAUGACUGUCACGGGAUGAAGGGAAACCAGCACUGGAGCUAUAGGAAGGACAAAACUUUGUUCCAUCCGGUAAGCAGCAGCUGCAUAGAUUGCAACCCAGCUGAGAAGAAGAUUUUCAUGAACAGAUGUGAUCCUUUAUCUGAAACUCAACAGUGGAUUUUUGAACAUAUUAAUAUGACUGUUUUAGAAAAAUUUAACAGCAAGGCCAGUUCCUAGAAGGAAAAAAAAAAAUUGAACACACCUAUUUACGUACAGACUGCAGACUAUAUUUUUGCCAGCAUCUGGGUCAAAGGAGUCAGGAAUUAAAUUUCCUAGAUUCAGGAAAUCUGUUCUGAGGAUUAAGAAAAUGCCACAGCAAGAGCCAGCAGGCUGUCCUUGUGGAUAUACAGUAUCUGGACAACUUGGCCAAGAGCCUUACCGGAUGCUGCUGAGAACUUCAGGCUGAAAAUUCCCUUGCUGGUCAAGGGAAAAACUUUGUUUAAAAACUGUUUAAAAGUACUCCAAGUUAAUAAAGUAAAACAAAACUCUAGAGUUUCUCAGGUCAAAUCCUGCUGUAGUGAGUAGCUCGGAGCAGAUGCUAUGAUUUGGGAUGGGUUUAUGGUGUGCAUGACGCCAACAGGAACCUGAAGAAAUCCCAGGUUUUAGAAUUAAACAUGCUGGUAGAAGAAUAAUGAUGUCCCAGCACUGCCUAGACAAGAUAUAUGCUCUGUUGACAUUCUCUUAAUAAAAGGUUGGGUUAAGCAGGUUUAACCCUCAGAACUGCUGCAAUUAAUUUUAAAUACCUCCCUUUUACAUUCCAUUCAUUACCAAAAUAGGAAUGGUCGAAAUCUUAGGGUCUAGAAUUACACUGUAGUGAAGCAUGAAAUGAACUGUACGGUUUUUCCCUCACAUUUUCCCCCUUCAGGAAAAAUAAAGCAAAGCAAUCAAAUUUCUAUAUAUGAUAUAUUUAGCAAUUGUGAUUCAAAUCCCAUUGUCACACAAGGUGAGAUUUUUUUUUUUAGUGACAAAUGUAACAGCAGCGACUGCAGCAUAAUGGAAGGCUUGUGGACUAUCUGUCUUUUUUACAAGUAGAAUCUUUACCAACAUAUAAAUUAAAAUGAAAAUAGGCUGGGGAAAGAAUCAGGAGGAGAGUGGGAAAUAAUUGCAUACUGCAUGCUGAACUAGGUUAGUCAAAUUAAUACUGGUAUGCUGCCAUCCUAAGAGCAUGUUGACUCCCUGCAGUGCAGCUUAAAAGAUCUUGCAGUGCUCCUGACACAGAGGAGUGGAGAGAAAAAUUGACAGGAAAUCAGUUGGGUGGUUUUGGAGUUUUUUUAAGUCUGUGCUGGAAAUCAUGUGAACUUUCCACAGUGAGCGAGUGAAUGGUAUUGUACAUGUCAUGAGGGAGGAAACAAGAAGUGCAAGUCACACAUUACAAUAUUUUGGUACUUUAGGCACAGGCACUAUUCAGGGUAACACAGACUUCCAUCACACUGAUGAUUAUGACGGGUCCCUCAAACCUAUCACGCUGUUGGAGAGAGAGGCCUCUAAAACACUUUAGGAAGGGUGUCAGUGGUUCUCAGUUCAUGCUGAUGUGUGGAAUGUGACUGAUAACUUUGAGACUGUUCAAGGUAAGAGUGAGUAUAAAUUUAUAUCAAGUGAAUAUGUGGCUUUUGCUUGAAAGAUGAAUUUACAAAUGAAAGCACUAUAAAUGAAGAUAGAUGACAUCCUCUGUGCUGUAACUCCUUUCAGGUUCCAAAAAUAACAUUUAUAAUUAAGUUGCUUGUUUUGAUUGCUGGCGAGGUGGCUGACUAACCAAAAUACUGGUGUGCAAUCUAUCCUGUUUUAAGGGAGUGCAGUGACUGUGUUUUGUUUAUUUCUCCUUAAGCUGUGUUUAUGCACAAAGAGCAUUGAUUUCAUCCAGAGGACGGUUCUAGUACCAGUGUGCUAUUUUAUGGCAGCAUAUUGUAGUUGCAGGUCAUAUGAAAGUUUUAAGAGGGAAUGAGGUCCUGUAGCAUUCAGGAUGUGUGCACUGGGGAAAUUGUGAGAUUUCCAAUAUAUUAAGCAAUUGCUGCAAGUUAUUGAAGAGAUCUUUCAAAUAAUUUAAAGGGAUGUGUCCACAGAGUUGUCGUUUAGUGAUUUUAGAAUAAGUGAGUUUGUUUAGGUAUUGUUUAAAUUUAAUUUGAAGAUAUGGUGUGCUCAGGAACAGAAGAAGUAAGGUUCUGGUAUGAGGAUACUUCAGGUUUGUUUAUCUGUCAGUACACAGAACCAGCCCAGCCACUGCAAACUCUCAGCUUUCCCAGAUGUGGUGCUCACAGCAUCAUUUAUUUGCAGCCUUAUCAUGAGGAAAGAGGGCUUGGGAAAAGAAGAAAAUGGCUGCCUCAAAUAUAAAUGCAGCCCUCAAGGUGCUGAUUGUAACUGGCCCCAAACUGUCAGUCCUGGAAGCAGCACUGUAUGCCCAGAAUAGAGAGGCAAAGGAGGAUUGCUAAAGCAGAACAGAUUGGUAGGGUUAUAUCGUUCAGUGUCUGACUGCAUCUCAGUGGUCUGAUUUUGAGAUGUCUGAUGGGAACAAGGCUAGUUCAGGAUGGAUCCUUACUCUGUCUCAGCUCUUAGGGCAAAGAAAAUCUAUGCCUUUUACAGGCCUUGCUGAGUCAUAUUGCACAGCACCUUACACUGCCAAAGGAAGCCUUCCACUUACUUGUAGCUGAUCACAAAUAGUAAACUCUAGCAGUUUUUGUCAAAAAGCAGUCUAUAUCACUGCUACUCAGAUAUUGUGGGGAAAGAAAACAGUCCUUGCACAGGAUUCCUUCAGCAAAAGUUUUCUCAAUAAUAAAUGAUCAUCGCUACCUUUCAGUUCAAGUCUGUCUUGGGUGUUCUCCAAAGGUUUCCACUGAUAAGAGUAUUUCAUUACUAAUUUACCAUUCAGAAUUUCUCUUAUUCUUCCUGCAAGCAUAUCUUUUCCAGCCAAUAAACUUAUGAACAAUUUGAUAGCUUGGAGAGAUGUAUCUUCUUCUGAAAAUUCUCCAGGAGCAUUUAAUUCUGACACAUUUUUUCAAAAGACUAUGAAAUUUCUUCACAGAUUUUUUUUUUUAAUACCAGGUAGUCCUGAACAUAUUUGAAAUGUAGUGCACGGGUGGAAUUAAGUAAUGUGGGCUAAUCAUUUCAGUGGAGCUAUACUGAUUUCCCCAAUUAAUGACUUGUUCAGUUUUUUUCAAUUUAUUAUUUUAUGGCUUUAAUCAAGAUGUCUGAAAAGAAAAUCUUUGUAUCUUUAAGAAAGCUCGUCACUAUCUACCCUAAAUGUUUUCCAUUUAAGGCUAACUGGCCUUUUUUUUGUGGCCAGCAAAGUACUAUAACUGGAGAGAGCAUCUGGAGAAACUGAAGUAAACUCCAAGUGCAACUGAAACUCCAAAAUAAUAUCUCUUUUCCUGCAUAUAUUCCAGAAUCUGAGCUAAACAGAGGCCCUGGGGGACGACAGGGCUCAAAGGAGAGGGGAGGAGCUGGGAAACAAAGCCUUUCAUGUGUGGGAGAGUAGCCUUGUUACAGAGACGUGACAAGAUUUCACUUUCAUUGGCCACAGUGUUAUUUCAGAAAAAUGAGAUUGCUUUAGAACAAAUGUUUCUGCAGCAGUAUGGAUAUUUUAAUGAUAUAAUGCAUUAUUUCUGAGUGUGAUCCAUUUAUGAAUAAAUGGUCUCUAGCUGCUGAAAUAAGUCUGCCUCAUGAUAAAGAUAGACUUAGCUUGAAAGGAAGCUGGCAAGCACUUAAGAACCUUUGAUUACGGGCAAUUUACCAGGCAUCAAUGUCUCCAGUGACCUUAGGGAAAUCUUAUGCCACAUAGAAGAAACGUGUACAAAUAGCUUGACCAAAUUGAUUAGAUAGGUGGCACUUCUGCAGGAAUGGAUGUUACCUUUGUUUUAAAAAAAAGUCAUAAUCACAAUUCAUUUGCAUUUUUACUGAUAACUUCUGCAAGGGACUAGGUUAGGGAGACUCUUUUAGCCUACCUGGAUGGAUUGGAGAUGGAGCAUUUUAGGAAGGCAGUACUGACAAGCUUUCAGUAUGGCUGACACCAGGGGUGCAUCCAUUUGCUAUUUUAAAGAGCAUCUGUAAUGCUGAUAAGCCAGUGCAUUUCAAGAGAACACAGCAUAUAUGGUUUUAUUAAUGGUUUUAUUUUUCUUUUUAAUACAUCAAGAUUCAUUAGGGAAAUAAUUUCAAAGCCCUUGGAAACAACACAAGGUGAUCAGGAGUAACGUUUUUAUAGCUGGUACUGGUAUUAUAAUGUUCAUUUAUUCCUUUGUUUAACGCCCUCCCAAAUAUGUUCCAUAUUCUCUUAAAAAAAAAAAAAAAAGCACAGGGAUCCAAGAGUACUUUUACAUAAAAUUUUCAGGAUCUUGCACUUUCUGAAAGUUUUGAAAAGCCUUUAGAAAUUAGGAAAUGUAAACCAAAAGGCAACAUAAAAACCCAAAGAAAAAUUAUUAGUCCAAUUAUGUGUAGUGUACCAAGAGACUUUGCUAAAUGUUUGCUAAGAUAGUAUCUUUUGACUGGAAAAUUUUAGAUGAAUAAGUAAUAGAGUUAUUAAAUCUUUAGUGUGUAGUGCUUUCUAUUUAAGAUUUGUAAUUUUAAAAAUGUAGUGAAUUUGUGUGGUUAGUUGCUGACAGUUUUGGUUUUUUAAACCACAUGUAAUACACAAAUCUGUUCUUAGGUCUCCUGAAAUAUUUCUCUCCUCAUACUUCCUUGUUAUAAUUCUGAAUUAUGCUGGAUUUAUACACUGGAUUUAAGAAAAUCUGAACAUAUGAAAAAAUCUCUAAAAGGUAAGAAACAUAUGUAAAAACAAAUAAUGAGAAAGUUUAGCUAGAGAAAUUCAGAGAAAUGCAUCACAUUUCCAAAGCUUGAGCAGCAUUCAGGAAAUACAUUUGCUUGUGAAGUUGUUUUCUGUUCUUUCAGUGUAUCAGUAACAUCAAUGGUACUGCUCCUGGGACAGGACUUCUGAAACUGGUGUUACUAGCAUUUGUUACUAUCAUCACGGUGCCAGAGGAGAAAAAAUCUAGGAAGAGCUUCUGAAAAAAUUGCAUUCAAACGUUGCAAUCUGGUAUGCCUUGAGAUUUUCCUUGUUUCUAGGAUUUGUUAUCUUAGUAUUUUUUUCUUUUUUGCAGAACCUGGCAGUGCAGUAGGUGCUUCAGUGGGCCCUAUGAAAACAAUGCAGACAACAGGGGAGCAAAGAGGACAUGGGUUAAAACAAUAAUAAUUUGUGUUUAUCUAAAUGUGUGUUUACCACAGCACUGUCCAGUAGGUUAAUUAUACACAAAGAGAAAUGUGUGUAUUUUGUGCAACCACUUUGGUUGGUGCUUCAGGGAAUAGAUGAAUGAGAAGGAGCCUUGCAAAAUGGUCCAGCAGAAAAGCUUGUACUCAGUAAAAGAUGCAGGAAAAUUCAGAAUGAUCCAUUUCAGAGAAGCAAAUGGAUAAGACAUUGAAAUAUAUGUAUAAUGGACGGUGUACAGGAUAUGAGGGGAGCUGCAGUGAGGCAAGUCUGGUGAGUGGUACUAUCUUAAAGAUACUAAGACAUUGGAAAGGAAAACUUGGUUCUCAUUAACCUUAGUCCUCAUUAAUCUUAGCAGGAUCCCUAACAGUGUGAAAGUAGUCAUUGAUUUAAUUAAAUUAAUCCUUGAUCUCCCCACUAAAUGACUCAACUUGGAAGGAACCACAGUCCAAGCAAAUUUCUGCUGAUCACUCUGGAGCAUCUAAUCAGCAAAAGAUAGCACUAGGCACAGUUUAGUCAAAAACCAACUGGCACCAGAACUAAAACAAUAUUAUCGACCCAAAAGAUCUGUAGGCCUCUGGCAUCCCUCUGUGAAAAAAAGAUUUCAGUUGCCUGAAGGAGUGAUUGAAGGUAAUGAUCCUAGAUUAAGAAGAUCAAGAAUUGUGAGCUUUCAAGGAGGUGAAAGGCCAAAUGGUGAGAUUAGGAGAUGGCAGUUUAAUUGAGAGAGGAAGGAGGAAAUAGAUGGUGAAAGGGAAAAAGGUUUAAUUCUGUAUGUGAAGGAAGUAUGACCUACAAGGGUCAGCCACUGAUAAUUUUGGAUACCUCUUCAUAACAGGGCUUACAUUUUUACUUCCAUCAUAAAUAUUUGGGAACUGAGAGGCAAUCAAGCCCUUUUGCAAGGACCUAAAUUUAGAAUAAGGAGAACUUCCUAAUCUGAAAUGUAUUGAUUGUGAAAUACAUGAUCACAAAAGAGAAAAGCUUUGAUGGAUGCUGAGUUUGUUCUGAGUUUUCCACUAAAGGUGUGUGUGUGUGUGUUCCUGAGGCUACUUUUUAGAUAGUAUGUAGAAGCAGAAUAUUAUGGUCCAUUUUUUUACCUCAGUUUAAUAUUUCUCUCUAUCUCAGGCUUUUUUGAAAGAAGAAAAAUAUUUAUCUAAAUUUUCCUAGGAAAUGUCAACUUGGAUUAGUGUGAAGUAGCUCUGCCUACUCCCUUUGCAGAUCAAGAUAACAAGUGUUUCUCUUUGGACAUCGCAUACAGCUCUUAAAGAAUGUUGUAUCUCUGCCUUCAUGGCUCCUUGCAGCAUUCGCCUCUUUUAUGCAUUUCAGUUUUUGUAUGAAUUUUUUUUCCUAUUUUGUGUUUCAUCCCUUCUGCUGACUUGCUAUCUGCUAGAAUCCUGGUCCUCUUUCUUCCCACCUUUCUGGUCUGUGCCAAAGGUGUUUCUUCUGUUGCAGAUCCCUUCCUCAAGAUAAGAGUGACUAAAGCUACUUUGAUCUUGACUUGGCAGAGCCUCAAGCCCUUUCACCUUGGGGUACCUGGCUUGUUCUAGCAGAGGGCUGGAGAGGAAAAAGGCACCUGAGGAGAAGUUCUGUCAUUAUGGACCAGUCUCACUACAGAUUUUAUCUGUGGAAGAGUUAUAGCUCAUAGCACAGACAGACAAACAUCUUCGAGGGAAAAGAAAUUGCUCUGGUGAUCUACUUUUCAUACAUUUUCAAAAUUCAGUGUUGCCCAGAGAGGGGAGGAUGUAAGAGCAGGUAGCAUCUUAUUCAGUGGAUAUACUUUGUACAAAUGUUUAGAACCAGCUGAAUUCUUGACUUCAAGUUUUUAACUUUUGAUUAUCCCUGUUGAGCUAAUACGGAUACAAGAAACUGAGUAGAAUUAUUUUUUUAACUGUUUUUUUUUUUUUUUUAAUAAACCGCAAAGGGGUUAUGACAACUUUAACUGAAGGCAUUAUUCCAAAUCUAAGUGGAUGUGUAAUCUGUAACGAGUGCAUGAUAGAGGUUAACCUCUAGUCCAGCUGCAGAGAGUCAGAGGGGCCUUAUUUACAAAAAGAGAGAGAUUGUCCAAUGUGCAGCAGCCUUUUGCUUACAGCUGUACAGGACUUUAGUUUAUUCCUCAGAAUGUCAGGAAAAUCAAUAUCCGUAAUGAUUCCCAUUGUCAAAGUAACAGCUGCAGAGAUGGCAGUAAAACAUCACCUUUUCCUUCCCACUAGAAGAGAAUCCUUUCACUGGUGUCCUCUAUGUCUUUAUGCACCACCAGGGUUUAUUUGCAACCAGAACAUGUGGAAUAAAGUUAUACCCUGCCCUUUCACUACACAAGUUCCUAGGAAACCAGAGUACCAGUAUAAAGGCUGUAUAAUUAACUGUCCAAAGGAUUUUCAGCCAAGAAAUGGGGGUUUCAUACAAAAGAAAAAUAAGACCCCCUAAAUGGACAUGAUCUGUCCUCACAGCCCAGAAAGUCAAACAUGCCCACCAAAAGCAGCAUGGUCAGCAGGGCAAGGGAGGGGAUUCUGCCCCUCUGCUCCGGUGAGACUCCACCUGCAGUGCUGCAUCCAGCCCUGGAGACCCAGGAAGGACAUGGACCUGUUUGAGCAAGUGCAGAGCAGGGUCAUCAAGUUAAUUAGAGGGAUGGACCAUCUCUCCUGUGAGGAAGGGCUGAGAGAAUUGGGAUUGUCCCGCCUGGAAAAGAGAGAGCUAAAUUUUUUACUUUGAGGGUAGUGGGUACUGGAAUCGGUUGCCCAGAGAAGUUGUGGUUGCCCCAACCCUGAAAAUGUUGAAGGCCAGGUUGAGUGAGGCUUCAAACAACCUGGUCUAAUUGAAGGUGUCCCUGCCCACAGCAGGGGAGUUGGAAUGAGAUGAUCUUUGAGGUUCCUUCCAACCCAAACUACUCUAUGAUUCUAAAGUUUGUUUUCCUUUAUUCCUGUCCUAUCAGCCUCCAAAUUGCAGUUACUGAUCUACAUCAAAACAACCUUGGUAAUCUACACCUGGAAGGAUAGUGAUGCGUCAGGUCUCUGCUGCCAGUUUUUCAUACAAAUCUGCAGCACGGCUAUAUAAACCUUUUCUUUGGAGUUAGAGUUUUCUGCACAGUUGUUAUCCUAGCAAGGGAUACAUUCCUUCCAACUUUGGCCUCACCAGCAGUUUUCCACCUCAAACUCUGCUGGUUGAUAUUGCCCAGCUCUCCAGGUAACGUGGCUCAUUGCACAUCUCUCAACACCUCACAGCAGUCCAGUCCACACAUAUACACACACACACACAGAGUUAACAAGUGCUAGGUAUCAAAACAGAAAUGUAUGGUCCCUUCUGAGCCUCUGAGAUGCUUCUAAUUAUCAACUAGUCUUUCUGAUGGUCAGAGUGUUUUCCAGGCAUCUCUGUGAAUAAACACACUUUCCUGCAGGUAUCCUGCAAAAUAUCCAUUUCUCUCACUUUUCUGAGAGUCUGGAAUUACAGCCUUCACUUGCUGUUAAACAACAUUCAGGACAAAACAUUUCCUGGCAAUUCAACUAUUAUAAACUAAAUAUAAAGGGCCAAGAAGAACUGGAGACAACUUUGUGUAACCACUGACUAAUGUCCCAGUAGGCAAGACAGACAGAAAUGAGCUGGGCUGAUAGGCAGCUAGCUAUAGUAGAGAUCAAUUAAAGUAAGAUGGAGUUGUCUAAUUUUCGUGAAACAAGAUCAAAAUAUUUGAUUGUUGUGAUUUAGGACAAAUAUAGCUCUCUAAAAAAUGGGGGAAAUAUUUUCAGAUGUGUGCAUUUGAAGUAUUAUACAAUAGACUACAAUUAGUAAUAUAUAUUAUAAUAAGUAAAAUGAAAACAUACACUUCUGUGCUGACUAGUCUGAGAUAGUUGGCUUAGAUGUUAUUAAACAACAGCUGUAGAAACUGACCAACUUUUAUGCAUUAAAAUAAUGUUGUCAGGACAUGCUUAAAGGAUUUACAGAGAGCCUGUAAGUUUCUGGACUGUAAUUAAGAACCUGAACUAUGGAAUAAAAAUUGUACACCUGUUCUAUUUUA